GCUGUUUGGGGGCGGCGUCAGUGCUUGCAGCGUGCGGCGAGGUGGUCCAGCGGGUGAAUCGCAGUCGAACUGUUGUCAUCAGCGCGACAUCGCAGCUCGAAUCCCUCCUCCUCUCGACAGCUGACGGACACGAGUCCCACGGAACCCGCGGAGCUGUCGAGGCCGUUCACGGAGCUUUGAGUCCCCGCAGGAGACGACGCAUCCGCCCGGGAGCCACCUCCAGGAUCUGUGUUUACAUAACCCAGCUGUGGAGCGGGGAGCAGCCGGGUCCUCUUCACCGUGUCCCCCCGUGCACAGGAGCUGGUUUCAGGCUCUUCUCUCUUCACGGUCCCGGAGAGAAACCCUCGCUCAUCUCUGCGUCGUUAAUUGUUAAUUGUUAAUUGGAACGUUUUCCUCCAUUUUCACAAUAACAAGUUAUACAACCAGCCCGGGCUCCAUCCGCACCGCGCGGUCCUAAAGCCCGCCGGACAGCAGCCUCCUGAGGCCAAAUGGUUCAGCAGCCGUCGACUUAUAAGACCUUCGACAUUAUGGAAAAGGUUCUGUUAGAGCAAGGUUAACUUCAGAGAAGCUCAUUGUUGAAACAGCUGAAAACAGAUUGAAUUUAGCACACAGGGACUUCUUCAUCGUCGGGGAUAGAAGAGGAGGGAGCAGUUCCAGAUCCUCAUCCUCGAAGGAGAUUCCAAACACAGGACUCGUCCAGUCGAGUAAUGGUCAUUAACACGAUCCACUGGUUCAGGAAGGGCUUGCGGCUGCACGACAACCCGGCCCUCAAGGAGUCCCUGCAGGGGGCGGAUUCUGUGCGCUGCAUCUACAUCCUCGACCCCUGGUUCGCCGGAUCCUCCAACGUCGGGAUCAACCGGUGGAGGUUCUUACUGCAGAGUCUUGAGGACUUGGACUCCAGCCUUCGAAAGCUUAACUCCCGUCUGUUUGUGAUUCGAGGCCAACCCACGGAUGUCUUUCCCAGACUUUUCAAGGAAUGGAAGAUUUCUCGCCUGUCUUAUGAGUACGACUCUGAGCCCUUUGGGAAAGAGCGAGAUGCAGCGAUCAAGAAGCUGGCCUCUGAGGCCGGAGUGGAGGUGACGGUUCGAACCUCGCACACACUCUAUGUCCUGGACAAGAUCAUAGAGUUGAAUGGGGGUCAGUCCCCUCUCACCUACAAGCGGUUCCAGACCCUCAUCAGUCGUAUGGAGGCAGUGGAGGUGCCUGCGGAGUCCAUCACCGCUGACAUCAUGGGGAAAUGCGCUACUCCACUGUCCGACGACCAUGAUGACAAGUUCGGGGUCCCCUCCCUGGAGGAGCUUGGUUUCGACACUGAGGGUCUGUCCUCCGCUGUGUGGCCGGGGGGAGAGACUGAAGCCCUCACACGACUCGAGAGGCAUUUGGAGAGGAAGGCGUGGGUUGCCAACUUCGAGCGUCCCAGAAUGAACGCCAACUCGCUGCUCGCCAGCCCGACAGGCCUCAGCCCGUACCUGCGCUUCGGCUGCCUCUCCUGCCGUCUCUUCUACUUCAAACUCACCGAUCUCUACAAGAAGGUGAAGAAGAACAGCUCCCCUCCUCUCUCGCUCUACGGUCAGCUGCUGUGGCGAGAGUUCUUCUACACGGCGGCCACCAACAACCCGUGCUUCGACAAGAUGGAGAGCAACCCCAUCUGUGUCCAGAUCCCCUGGGACCGCAACGCGGAGGCGCUGGCCAAGUGGGCGGAGGGCCGCACAGGCUUCCCCUGGAUCGACGCCAUCAUGACGCAGCUGAGGCAGGAGGGCUGGAUCCACCACCUGGCGCGGCACGCCGUGGCCUGUUUCCUGACCAGAGGAGACCUGUGGAUCAGCUGGGAGGAGGGCAUGAAGGUGUUUGAGGAGCUGCUGCUGGAUGCGGACUGGAGCGUGAAUGCAGGCAGCUGGAUGUGGCUCAGCUGCAGCUCCUUCUUCCAGCAGUUCUUCCACUGCUACUGUCCUGUGGGCUUCGGCCGACGCACCGACCCCAACGGAGACUACAUACGGCGCUACCUGCCCAUUCUGCGAGGGUUUCCAGCCAAGUAUAUUUAUGAUCCCUGGAACGCUCCGGAGACUGUACAGAAGGCAGCCAAGUGUAUUAUUGGAGUCCACUACCCGAAGCCCAUGGUGCACCACGCAGAAGCCAGCCGCCUCAACAUCGAGCGCAUGAAACAGAUCUACCAGCAGCUCUCCUGUUACCGGGGCCUCGGCCUCUUGGCGACAGUUCCCUCCAACUCCAAUGGUAACGGCAACAGUGCCGGCGAAGCCUCCUCAGACGGGAUGGGAUUUCACGCUGAGGCCACUCAUGAUGCCGCACCUGCGUCCGGCUACCGGAUGCCGGUUCACUCCCAGGGAGACUGGCAAAGCGGCGUCAUGCUGUACCUGCAGGGGGAUCAGCAAACCAGCACACAUCAGCAGGGUUACGCCGGCACCAGCUCCAGUGUGAUGUGUUACACUCAAGGCAGCCAGCAGAUUCCUGCCCCUGUCAUUCAGAAAGGGCUUGAACACCACUCCAUCACUCAGACCAGCGGCAAACGUCACAACGAGGACUCUGGAAACGGCAAAAGCUCCAAACUCCAGAGGCAGAGCACUCACUAGAGAGAAAGUGUCUGCAGACGUAUGGCGAGCGAACAGCCAACACGUGGACGCUACAUUUUUUCGUGAAAGCACUACAACGUCGCAUGAUCUCACCUUCAGGAGGAAACGACCCCGUCAUUAAAACACACUGACGAGUCUCAGCGUCUCCAGUAAAUCGGACUGUAUAUUCUCAUUUGGACAGCGCGGCCUGGCCGGUGCUGUCACUGGAGAGGCUGCUACGCUGUGCUCGUCUUUGGGUUAAUAUUGCCGGGACAAACGUCCUUGUUUGUAUAUAAUGAAUUUGCUAAUUUCAGCUCACAUACAACUUGUACAUAUUUGAAUUUUGUAUGUGUGUUUUCUCUCUUUGUGUACACCCCCCUUCCCCCCAUAGACCCACUGAUAUAUAUAUAUAUUUUUGAUAUGAGAAAUCAUUGGGAAUGGACAUUUCUUUUUGGAAGAUUUUCAAUAAAAAUUCAAGCAUUUAUAGAACGUCCAUUCCCAAAAAAACCACAAAAAAAAAACCGGUUAUAAAUCUUGUAUCUGUGCUAAAACAGCUGCCGGCCAUUUUCAAACCAUCUGAAGUAUUUAUCCACAGAAGCGUCUCGAGCUGGCUCAUCUUAUUCCUCACCGCUGCAGAGGCGAUAUCUGUGCGACAGUAACUGUCAUCGUAUCGUACUUGUCGGUGGUAUUUCAACACUACACGACAGGAAUGAGGAGUCUUCAUAUCAUGGUCCCCCCCCCCCUGUAUAUUUCCAAAUAAAUGUACCACUUGAGAGAACUGCUCAAUCUGCUUGUUUCAUUAAAAGUGGGUUAAAUAUACAA